AUGAAACUCUCAUUCUUAAUCCUGCUUUUUAGCAUCAUCCUACCCGCAGCCCAUGCGCAGGCCGGUAAAAGCAUACACCAGCCUGAUCACCAGACGAUAGCUUCCUGGGAAAAGAAGGGCUGGUGUUACGCUUAUCUUGGCGCUUGGAACUCAGAAAAAUCUUUGGCCCCGUGCAAACAUUACUGUAAAGGAGGCAAUAGCAAGGAUGGACCAAAUGAUCUCUCGUGUAAACUUGUUGGAAUCUCUGCAAAGGACGUAGCCAAGCAAGGUUUCCUAUAUACAGACGACGAUGGCAAGGAAUUCGUGCCCGGCGAAUGUGAAUGCAACCUCGCCUGGCUUGGGGACCUUGUUCUUAAAACGCUCGAGGGACUUGAAAAACUGGAUGAUAUUUUAUGUGGCGUGUUUGCAACAACAAUUGAUAUUAUUCUUGAAGUUGCCCUCUCCGCCACCCCCGUUGGCCAACUUAAGAGAAUAGGCACAUUCAUCAAGGGCGCCAAAACCUUCGCUGAGAAUGGGUUAGGCGUAGCUGACUUCUUUGGGGGUUGGAUCACCCCUGUUUGUGGCAAAGAUUGGAAUAAGGAGGUGGAACCCACGGUCUUUGAGGUCUUGGCCCACGCUCCGGACGAUCUUGGAACCAGCGCAGGCUGCAUGAGGGCGGAAGGCUGCGUCCAGACUAGAGAUUUCGCCAUUCGUCGAGCCAAGGGCGGCUCUGGGAAGAAAAAGGGCGGCUCUGACAAGAAAAAGAACGACCCGAAGCCGAAGGACGAGAAACCCAAGCCGAAGGAUGAGAAACCUAAGCCGAAGGAUGAGAAGCCUAAGCCAAAGGACGAGAAACCCAAGCCAAAGGACGAGAAACCCAAGCCAAAGGACGAGAAACCCAAGCCAAAGGACGAGAAACCCAGGCCAAAAGACGAGAAACCCAAGCCAACAGAAACGAAGCCCAAGCCAACAGAGACAAAGCCUAAGCCAACAGAGAAAAAACCCAAGUCGGAGUCUACAAAGCACGAAAAUAAGACGACGACGAAGGCCUCCAAGUCAGCUACAAAAAGUACCGCACACCCAACAUCUACGAAGGAUGGACACAAGUCAAUACCCACAAAUCACUCCAAGUCGAAGACUACGCAGCAUGGCCCUAAGUCGAAGACUACAGAUAGAGACAGCAAGUCGACAACUACAAAGCCGCCAAAGUCAACGGUUACAAAUAAAGACGGCAAGUCGACAUAUACAAAGCCGUCUAAGUCAACUACAAAUGGUACCCUGAAGUCAACUUCCACGCAUAAAAGCACCAAAGUGUCCUCUACCAAGACUCAGCAGCCGUCAGCUACCCCUUCUAGCUGCAGCCCUAGCAAGCAAUGCAAACGAGGUAAAGGAGGAAAGGGUAAUGAAAAGUGUGCUGGAGGCUGUGCUAAGAUUCAGGCAUGGGAGCCUGAGUUUUUUAAUAAAGACGACUCGGCAAACUUGGCCAUUCGAGGAACCGGCUUUUUCGGCUUGGGGAUGCGAGAGCUGGCGAAGCGUGACUAUAAGGACGUUAAAUUAUGUGGAAUUGAGGUUAGGACUGAAAAUUACCCGUCUGGGGGUGAACUAAUGAAGACCAAAGGGAUUAGUGAUGAUAUUAUUUACGCUCUGGAAGACCCCACCGAUUGUGGAAACUUUGACUUUGGGAAACGCUCAAACAACAUGCAUACUGUCUAUACGGAUCCCGAUCUUAGUAACGGCCUGAGGCUCGCGACCGAGCAUGUUAUUGAAGCCCAACUUAUCGACCAAUUUUUCACGAAUACUUCGAAAACGCUUAAAGAAACACUCCCUGACCCAUUUGAUAAAUCCGGGAAAAAAAAGGUGGAUUUAUGCACUUACAUCAAGGCCUUUUGGGCCCAAUGGAUCGCUGAUCAAUACCCUACCACGCAUCAAUGGCCAGAGGAGUUUCUCUUGCUUCCUAAUGAUGUCAAUAGGUUGAAAGCUGACGUAUGGAAAACCAAGGUCAAAAAUAUCGUUGGGUCGGCCUUUCUAGACCCACUCACCAAGGCACAAUCCAUACAUAAGAAUGAUUUUCUCAAGACAAAAGAGCUCCAUGAAUCCAAGCAUGUGAUAGCACUUGUGAAGUUCAAGGAUAUGAUGUCUGUAUACAGGUAUCAUAACGAACCUAGGGUAAUAGAGAUCUUCAAGAAACAAUCGGGUCGCAUAUCGAGUAUCCUUGAAACCCUUGAGGAUGCGAUGGAAAGUCUGCCAUUUGGGGGUCAGAAUACACCACAUGCGAACCGCUACAAACCUCAGGGUUUAUCACUAAAAUGGAAAACAUGGAUCAAACAGCAUGCUGAUUACCGCAUGUCCGUAUUUGACAGUUUUUUUACAACUAAUUACCCGAAAUUUGUACAGGCAAGGAUACGCUUGGAGGCUGAAUUGAAAAAAUUGAAGGACAAAAAGAGCAAAAAACCGCUAGAUUGCAAGGCUCAGGAAAGAUACGAGUUGGUCAUUGGGUAUCACAAUGAUGCAGAAGCAGCAUACACUGAUAUGAGGACCACAGCAUGGACGAAUCCAUUCUAA